AAAAGAGGCUGCGGGGCGCUGCGGAGGCUCAGAGCUGAGCCGAGCCCAGAUCCCCAGCACCAGCCUCCGCCGCCAGCCCGGACCAUGAGCCGCCCCCGGAGCCUCGCCCCCGGCAGCCCCCUGCUGCUGCUGCUGCUGGCCUGCGCCGCGCUGUGCCGGGGUGCCCCCAUGGCCGGCGAGCUGCGGUGCCAGUGCCUGCAGACCGAGACGGCGGUGAUCCACCCCAAGCGCAUCGCCAAAGUGGAGCUGAUCCCCGAGGGGCCCCACUGCGGGGUGCCAGAAGUCAUAGCCACCACGAAACACGGCAAGAAAGUCUGUCUGGAGCCCACCGCGCCCUGGGUCAAGCUGAUCGUCAACAAGAUCGUGAACAGUCAAUCGACCAAGCUGUGAGGGGAGAAGAGAACAUGAACAAGGAACUACAACAGAAACUACCUCUGUGUACAAGGGAAACCAGUGUGAGAGACAAUGGGAACCCGAGGCUGGACAACUAGCCAUGAUGAACUCUCUUCUUUUGAAGGUCUGAUAGACCAGCCUGCGCUCCAUUCAACUUCCACGCGUUCCACUGAGUUAUUACAACCUGGGCUUAUUUGUGUAUUUAUUAUUAAUUCAUCUCUGUAUCGCUCUUCAAUGGCUAGGUAGUUUUUUUGUUAAGCACCUUAGAUCUUCCUGAUCACCUGAAGGGAUAAUGCUGCAGUAGUGGCUCGAGAGAUGGCUUGUGAUUAAUCUAAUACACAAUCCAAAUAGCCCCUCCCCUCGGAUCCCCUGAGCAGCUCACGGUGGGAGUACUGUGGAGCUGUGCCUUUCACAUGGGGCAUGUGCACGAUGCCUGCUGGGUUGUGAAUAAUCAGAGUUUCAGAUCCUGGAGCUGCCCAGCAUUGAGCCAAAAGUGUAAGAUUACAAAGUGAAAUCCAAUUAGAACAAGCACCGUAAUUUGUUACACUCCUGAAAUGUGUUGCCAAGGCACAUAUCCCUGGGACACAGGAUCAGUUGCUUGGCUAGGUGAAACAGAC